UUUAUCCCUUGGGCCUCUCUAUACUUGUACUGAGAGAAGAUGGGUGACCUUGAAGCUCAGAAUCGCCAUCCCCAAAUAUCUCACCCCAUCUUUGCCCGACCCAAUCUCCCCCUCACUCUCAAGUUCGACGAGGUGGUGUACAAGAUCAGAAUCCAGCCGGCGGGAGGCUUGUUGAAGAAGAAAACAAAAUCAGAAAAGAGGCAAAUACUAAACGGAGUCUCGGGCAGCGUUUAUCCCGGUGAAAUGCUGGCUAUGCUGGGGCCCUCGGGCAGCGGCAAGACAACGCUGCUGACCUCCCUCGGGGGGCGUCUAGGCGGCGACCUCACCGGCACCAUCACCUACAACGGCAAGCCCUUCUCCAACGCGAUGAAGCGCAACAUCGGCUUCGUCACCCAAGACGACGUCCUCUACCCCAACCUGACCGUCGCAGAGACGCUAGUCUACACUGCCCUCCUGCGCCUGCCCCGCACCCUCACCAAGGCCGAGAAGGUCAACCACGCGGAGGCUGUGAUAGCGCAGCUCGGGCUGACGAGGUGCAGGAAUAGCAUCAUAGGUGGGGCGUUCCUUAGGGGGGUGUCUGGGGGCGAGAGGAAACGGGUCAGCAUUGGGCAGGAGAUGCUUAUUAACCCGAGCUUGUUGUUUCUUGAUGAGCCCACAUCUGGUCUAGACUCCACCACUGCGCAGAAGAUCGUGUCUACGCUGUGGGAGCUGGCGAAUGGGGCCAGCACGGUCGUGAUGACCAUUCACCAGCCCUCGAGUAGGCUGUUUUACAUGUUCCACAAGGUUCUCUUGAUGUCGGAAGGGAACCCUUUGUAUUUCGGCAAAGGAGCUCAUGUGUUGGCCUAUUUUUCGAGUGUUGGUUUUUCGCCUAGUGUUGCGAUGAAUCCAGCCGAUUUCUUGCUUGAUCUUGCCAAUGGAGUUGCAACGGCGGAUACGAACGAAGAUGAAGAAGCGGUAAAGCAGAGUUUGGUGAAGGCAUAUAAAACACAACUGUGUAAAGUUGUGAAGAUGGAGCUUGCUGUGGAUGUCAGUCUUCACACUUCUUCAAAUGAUAGGAUGCUCAAGGGUUGGUCAAAUACAUGGUUGGAUCAAUUCUCGGUCUUGCUUAGGAGAGGAAUUAAAGAAAGAAAGCAUGACUCUUUCUCAACAAUGAAGAUUGUACAAGUUUUGAUAGUUGCUGUUUUAGUUGGAAUCUUUUGGUGGCAGUCCACCAUCAAUCACUUGCAAGACCAGGUCGGGCUCUUAUUCUUCAUCUCAAACUUUUGGGGGAUAUACCCCCUAUUCCAGGCCCUCUUCACGAUCCCUAAAGAGCGCAUGAUGCUAACGAAAGAGAGGGCCUCGGGCAUGUACCGUCUCUCCUCAUUCUUCAUGGCCCUAACCAUAGGCGACCUACCAAUGGAGCUAGCCCUCCCCACCGUCUUCUACGCCAUAGUGUAUUGGAUGGCUGGCCUCAAGCCCAAACCCGGGGCCUUCUUCUCAGGCCUGUUUGUGAUCCUCUACAACGUGUUGAUCUCCCAGGGGCUCGGGCUGGCUAUUGGAGCUGUGGUGAUGGACCAGCAGACGGCCACGACACUUGGGUCCGUGAUCAUGUUAGCCUUCGGCCUGGGAAGCGGCUUCUAUGUUCAGCACGUCCCCGUCUUUAUAGCCUGGGUCAAGUACAUUUCGAUCAACCAGUACUCACUCAAGCUCCUGCUCGCAUCGCAGUACGAGUAUGAUCAGACCUACAAUUGUGGUACGAAUCAGACUUUCCUUGUCAGGGAUUUUCCGGCAGUAAAAUCGGUGGGGAUUAGCAUGAAAGGGACCAUUCUGUCAGUGGUUGUCAUGGCUGUGAUGCUUGUGUUCUAUCGACUUGUAACUUAUCUUGCUCUCAUGAGGGUUGGUGUCACCAGAAAGUAGGCCUCAUUUACAUCAAGCCUUUCAGAAGAGCUGAUUCAAAUAAAUAAAUACCUUACUUGUUAUAUUUCCCUCAUAACUCUUAUCAUAUUAUUAGAUGUCAUUUUGCGUAAUUUGGAGAA